GACGCCAUAUAUAGAUCUGGGGAGCGGGGGAGCGGCGGAGAGCGGAAUCCGCCCGCGGCUCGACUGCAGGAGUCCCGGCCCGGCCCAGCCCGCACAGGUCCUCCAUGGUGCGCACAGCCCGCCUCCCAGCCAUGCACUCCCUCCUGCUCAUGGGCACCUUCUGCCUCCUGGCCGCGGCCCUGGCCGCCGAGGUGAAGAAACCCGCGGCCACAGCAGCCCCCGGCACGGCGGAGAAGCUGAGCCCCAAGGCGGCCACACUGGCUGAGCGCAGCGCCGGCCUGGCCUUCAGCCUGUACCAGGCCAUGGCCAAGGACCAGGCGGUGGAGAACAUCCUGCUGUCGCCGGUGGUGGUGGCGUCGUCGCUGGGGCUUGUGUCACUGGGCGGCAAGGCGGCCACGGCAUCGCAGGCCAAGGCAGUGCUGAGCGCUGAGCAGCUGCGCGACGAGGAGGUGCACGCGGGCCUGGGCGAGCUGCUGCGCUCGCUCAGCAACAGCACGGCACGCAACGUGACCUGGAAGCUGGGCAGCCGCCUGUACGGGCCCAGCUCGGUGAGCUUCGCCGACGACUUCGUGCGCAGCAGCAAGCAGCACUACAACUGCGAGCACUCCAAGAUCAACUUCCGCGACAAGCGCAGCGCCCUGCAGUCCAUCAACGAGUGGGCCGCGCAGACCACCGACGGCAAGCUGCCCGAGGUCACCAAGGACGUGGAGCGCACCGAUGGCGCGCUGCUGGUCAACGCCAUGUUCUUCAAACCCCACUGGGACGAGAAAUUCCACCACAAGAUGGUGGACAACCGUGGCUUCAUGGUGACCCGUUCCUACACCGUGGGUGUCACGAUGAUGCACCGGACAGGCCUCUACAACUACUAUGACGAUGAGAAGGAGAAGCUGCAAAUUGUGGAGAUGCCCCUGGCCCACAAGCUCUCCAGCCUCAUCAUCGUCAUGCCCCACCACGUGGAGCCCCUCGAGCGCCUGGAAAAGCUGCUGACCAAAGAGCAGCUGAAGACCUGGAUGGGGAAGAUGCAGAAGAAGGCUGUCGCCAUCUCCCUGCCCAAGGGGGUGGUGGAGGUGACCCACGACCUGCAGAAACACCUGGCUGGGCUGGGCCUGACGGAGGCCAUCGACAAGAACAAGGCAGACCUGUCGCGCAUGUCUGGCAAGAAGGACCUGUACCUGGCUAGUGUGUUCCACGCCGCUGCCUUCGAGUGGGACACAGAGGGCAACCCCUUUGACCAGGACAUCUACGGGCGCGAGGAGCUGCGCAACCCCAAGCUCUUCUAUGCCGACCACCCCUUCAUCUUCCUGGUUCGAGACACCCAGAGCGGCUCCCUGCUGUUCAUUGGGCGCCUGGUCCGACCCAAGGGCGACAAGAUGCGAGAUGAGUUGUAGGGCCCCAGGGUGGGCACAGGAUGGCAGGAGGCAGCUGAAGGCUCCUGAGACACAUGGGUGCUAUGGGGGUGGGGGGGCUGAGGUUACCGGCCUUGGAUGUUCCACGGGGUGGGGGUGGGAAACAGCAGGCUCCUGUGUCCGAGCAGACCUUCCUGGCCAGCAUUCACUCCGCUUGGAUGUGGGGCCCCAGGUGCCAUGAUGCUGAGCCCAGAGAGCCCCUGUCCUGUGGGUCCUGGGCGGUAUUUGUGGUGCCCUGCCCUCAGAGAACUAGGAUCACGCCUGCCUCAAUCAGUGUUCGUAUUUAUAGCCAAGCGCUUUCUUAUCUGUGAGAGGAGUCGAGCUGGGGGUCCGGCCCAGCCCUCGUGGCAUGGGAGCCCUCUCUUCCGACACUGCCCCCACCUCCACCCCCUCCCCAGCUCUGUCCCAGUCUUCUCCCAACUUCCCUCAACUACAAAACUCGGUGCUGCAGCCCCUGAGACGGGCACCCCCACAGUGGCCAUGGCCCCAGUGAGGGGUCGGGAAAUAGCUCACAGUGGGGCUCCUGGGCAGACUCUGGUCAGGCAUCAUGGGGAUGAACUUUUUUUUUCCUUUUAUAGAUUUUCAAAGAUGGGGAGGGAAGGAGAGAAAAUGAGCCCUUGUUGCUGUUAAACCAAGAACUUAUUUGUACAAUUUUUUUUUUCAAUAAAACUUUUCCAGUGAAA